AUGUCACCAGUUAUCUCACUACAACCACGAGAAGAACCCACCAUACCAGUUACAGUGCAAGGACGAGAACAUGCCUUCAUGGUAGACACCGGAGCGACGUAUUCAUGCAUUGGAAAAAACGGCUUCAAUCUCCCCCUCUCCAGUUCAUCCAUCCGAACUGUAGGCUUUUCUGGGAAAACACAAGUAAUACCACUUACGGAGCCACUCACGAUGCAAAUUGAAGGAAAAACUAUUGUAGCGCCUCUACUGUACUCCGCACACACUCCCAUCAAUCUAUUAGGAAGAGACAUUCUCUGCAUACUAAAAGCCAACAUUGUGUGUACUCAACGCGGCCUGCAAAUAGAGUUCCAUGAAGGUCCCUCAGCAAACCAGAUGAUGCCAGUGAUGGUUGGAAAGGAACUCCAAAAUGGCUUAAGUCCAUUAAUGAAUGUAACAGCACAAGAUCAUCACAGCCGGACACCACCGCUAGCGUACUGGCUACAAUUGGCCCCACAAGAAUCUUCACUAAUCCAAUUAUGGGAAGAAUGGGAACCGUGGGUCCAAGCUUUGGUAGGGAAACCAAGACCACAACAGAUGCCGCUCCACUGCACUCUUCUAUAUGACGAACAUCAAAACUACACAGACUAUGCCGACUGCUGGAUGGAGCUGAUCAAUAAAAAACAAUACUCCAUCAUCAGCCAGGAUAUUUUUGUAGGCCCUGAAGGAGCAGCCGCAGCCGUAACACUCCCACCAGAAUUACGAGAAUGGUAUCAUGUACAGAACUCAGCCCCGCAUGUCCCAUUGAUGACAACCGAAGGACAUCGAUCUAGUGAGUUAGGACCAAUGAUAAAAGCAGCUUUACAAGUGUUAGACUGGAGGCCCACCAAUAAUAAGUACUUACACAUAUCUCCUGAUGCCCGGUUUCAUAGAAUUUCAGCGAGAAAUUACAACGUAGGGACAGCUGAGAUAGUGGUUGUAAAUGUAAAGACAGCAUCACAUCAAUGCCCAUUGUCGGAACAUGAAGAUGUGUUAGGACAGGUGCCCCCAUCCCUAUGGUCAAAACAUAAGACAGAUGUGGGUUUUAUACGGGCAGCAGACCCCAUACACAUAAAAGUGAAGAAGGGAGCAAGAUUACCAUACCAGAGGCAGUACCCACUCCGACAACACGCCAUAGACGGGAUUAGACCCACGAUUAGGGGUUUAGUGGAUGCGGGAGUCUUAAUAGAGACAAAAAGUUCCUGUAAUACACCCAUCUUUCCAAUAAAGAAGCCACAUUCUAAUGAUUAUCGGUUAGUACAUGAUCUGCGGGCUAUUAACUCCAUUGUGGACGUUCCAAAGGCAAUUGUUCCCGAUCCACAUACACUACUUUCUAACAUACCCCCAGGUACCAAAUGGUACACCGUCAUCGAUCUGUGCUCUGCCUUUUUCUCAGUUCCCCUACACACUGAUUCACAAUACCUGUUUGCUUUCACCUUUGAAGGCAAACAAAUGACUUAUACUCGGUUACCCCAGGGAUUCCUGGACAGCCCAGCUGUGUUUAAUCGAGUGUUGGCCCAGGACCUGCAGAACCUGCACGUCACUAGUACCGUCUUGCAGUAUGUAGAUGAUAUCCUUAUUUGCAGUAGUUCAAAGGAGCAGUGUGAGAGAGACUCUGUCACCGUGUUAAACCAGCUGGCAGAAGGCGGUCAUAAGGUCAGUAGAGAUAAGUUGCAGUUCUGUCAGACGACAGUUGAUUAUUUGGGGAGACGACUUAGUGGGGAUAAGAGGCAGAUAGCUCUGUCACAGAUAGAGGCCAUAGCCAGAGCUCCGAAACCACAGACGGUAGGGCAAAUGCUCACCUUGUUGGAAAUGGCGGGAUACAGUAGACCAUGGAUUUGUGACUAUGCCCUCAAAUCAGCGCCUCUGCGGGCCCUUAUUAGGGCUGCGGGGCAGACCAGUAUUGCUGCUGCUCUGCAGUGGACCGAAGAGGCGGAGGGCGCUUUCUUGGCCCUUAAAAGUGACAUGCAAUCCGCCCCCGCCCUUGGCAAUCCGGAUUACUCAAAACCAUUUCACCUAUAUGUUGCAGAACGGUCUGGAUAAGCUACUGCUGUGUUGUUGCAGGACACGCCCAUUGGGAAACAACCGUUAGCCUAUUACAGUACAAAACUGGAUAAUGUAGAGGCAGGACUCCCACCCUGCUACCAGGGACUGGCAGCCGCUGUCUUUGCUUUCAAGAAGGCAUCAUCACUAACCAUGGGACACCCAAUCACGUUAUAUACGUCCCAUCAACUGUAUGCCUUACUCACAAGUCCCCGGUUUGUGUUAACACAAGCCAGACGGACUGGCUACGAGGUGAUACUGUCUGCACCAGAGCUUACCAUUCAAAGGUGCAGCAUAGUAAACCCAGCAACUAAGAUGGUGUUACCUGUAGAUGGGACACCACAUGAUUGUGUUCAUGUAACUGAUGUAUUUAUGCGAGCACGCGACGACUUGCACAAUGAGCCCAUCGUAGCAGACCUCACAUUGUUUGUGGAUGGAUCUUGCUUUAGGGAUGCUGUAGGUAACCAUGCAGGUUACAGCGUGGUGCAGCUU